UCUGGGCUAAGUUCAACAGACGACCGUGGUGGCCCUGCACAAUCUGUCAUGAUCCAGUGCUCGACUGUCACUCAAAAAUGAAAGUUUCCAAUCGGAGACCAUAUCGAGAGUACUACGUAGAUGCCUUAGGAGACCCUUCUGAGAAAGCCUGGGUUGCAGGAAAAGCUAUUGUACUUUUUGAAGGCAGAUAUCAGUUUGAAGAGCUACCUGUCCUUCGGAGAAGAGGGAAGCAAAAAGAAAAAGGCUACAAGCACAAGGUUCCUCAGAGGUUUAUGGCGAAAUGGGAAGUCAGUGUUGGACAUGCGGAAGAAUUCCUUCUCAAGGGGACUGAGGAUCAAAAGUGUGGUCAGAAUCCCAGCAAGCUGAACAGUGAGGAUGUGCUGUUGGAAUCCUGCACUCAUGGCCCUGUAAUGGAACUGGACAGGCAGCUGAACGGCUGUUUUAAAUCACUGGUGUUUGACUCCAAACACUUAGCCAGGGAGAAGGGAAGGUCAUGCACUAAAUCACAAGCGAAAAAGAGCUCAGACAGCAGGAAAAGGACUAGAGUAAAAAAGAGCAGCACCAGACUAGAAGCAUCUAGGAGAGAAAUUGGAGGAAAGGCACCAGAAAACAUAAUUAGAAACAGGGUUGCUGGGGACCUGCCGGAUAAACAUGCAUCACAUGAACUUUGCCGGAUAGCAAACAGCCUAACAGCAUCCAAUGGUGCCGUGGAAAACUACUUGCUCUCUUCUUUUGGAGAAAGACGUUUUGAAAAGACAACCUUGAAACAGGAGUAUCAGGCUCCUCAUGGUGACUCCCUACGGGACACACUGAAAGUGGAUUUGCUUUCUAGCAGCUCUACAGAGAAAGAGAAAAGCCCCUUAGGCAUUCUUUGCAGUUCCAAAUUACAGGUACACUAUUCUACAGCUGACACUUCUAUUGAGAAAAAGCAAACGGAGUCCGAUUCGCUGACUUCCUUCUCAGAUGAUGGGACUAGUGAUCUAGAUACCGGGGACCAAAGUUCUGAGGCAGCCUGCAGUGCCCUGGAGAUUAGUGACUCUGCAGAUAAAGAAGAAAAGGAAUUCUUUCCAGGGAUGAGGGGAAGCAGUAAAUGUUCCAUGUUCCAUCUCUCACAGAACAGCAACAGAAGAGCUAGGAAAAGGUCAUCUAGAGAUCACAGAACUCCAGCAGGCCCUAUAGGUGGCAGAAGUGAUGCUGAAUCUGUGGAUGGGGAGCUCCAAGGAGCAGUCUCGGACACUGAGAUGCCUGUUAUUGCUCUGGAGUGUACUUCAGCUAUGAGAAAUGACCAUCUCCUUUCCCUUGCAGAUAAGCACCCUACACCCCAGAAUGUUUGCCGGGAGAGCUCCCACACUGGGAUUACAAAUCAACUGAAUCUACACCUGAAAAACAUCAAAGUGCCCCGGCUCAUAAGUAUAAGAAGCAAACACAAGGAGAGUGCUGCUGGGACAGAACCCCCUCUGCUAGAAGAGGAAUGUGGUGUGAAUUGCUGCUCUUCUGACACCAAAGGUUUCACUGGUCCACCUGCCAAGAGCGGGAAAGUUGAUAGUCAGGAACCAUUAAAUAAUGUGCAUGAGAGAGCCAGGGAUUCUGCUGAAAUAGAGACCGCCGUGGUGAAGCAUGUCCUCUCAGAGCUGAAGGAACUGUCCUUUAGGUCCCUUGGUGAUGAAGCUAGUGACUAUGGGGCACCUAAGACCACAGCACCCUUACUCUUCUCUUCUGCCUCUGGGCAGAGUCGUUUGCCCAUUGAGCCAGACUACAAAUUCAGCACCUUGCUAAUGAUGUUGAAAGAUAUGCAUGAUAGUAAGACAAAAGAGCAGCAGCUGAUGUCAGCUCAGAAUAUGGUCCCGUAUCGAAAUGCUGGCAUGAGCAGCUCCUCUGGAAGUAAUUCUGCAAGUGGCUUGAAGGCUUUGGGUACAAAAGGACCCGCUUAUAAAUUAGAAAAAAAUGGGGAUUGCGUUCUGGAAGCAACAUGUCAGAACCCCAGUGCGAGUGAAUCCUCUUUUUCGUGCAGCACUACAGCCAAGAUAACUGGGCGGAGUACUAACAAAAGGGAGCCCACAGAUCCUGCUCUUUCUGGUACGAAUGGCACAAACUGCAUCUCAAGACACAACUGUUCACAAUCUAAGCAGUCAUACAAGCUGGUAGAUAAUGCAACAUCAGUCAGAAAGGAUUUAAAGCUAGAAGGGCUGAGCAAGCCUCUAAAUCAGGUCUCCAGUAAUAUAGCGGAGAAAGCAUCCCUCCCACGCAGGGUUAGGCAGGGAUUGGUUCCUAGUCUUGUUUAUAAUGAAAUAGAAGAAACUGCAAGGAAAGGGUCUCUUGAGUUAAUGGCGCACUCCACUGAUGAAGACUCUGCAUGUUCAUCUGAUGACAAUUUAGAUCAUAUCAGGAAGAGGACUGAACCUGAUAAAAAUACUGAGAGUUGCACUUCUGCUGAAAAUGCACAUUCAGAAAAGAAACGCCUUAGGAAGCCGAGCAAACGGCUUUUGGAAUAUGCAGAAGAAUAUGAUCAGAUAUUUGCACCUAAGAAAAAAUCAAAGAAGGGCCAGGAGCAAUUGCAAAGGGUGAGUUCCCGGGAGAGGUCUGAGCUCAAGGGAGAGGAAAGGCUUCCAGCACGAUGCAGUCGUGGAAGUGAUCUCCGGAAUGUGCAGCUGGAGCAGAACCCUCUGGUGUCAACUCCAUCUUCCUCUUCAACCAAAGAUGCUCCUCCAGUCCUUGAAGCAGAACAUUUGCUGUUAGAAGAGCCAGUAUCCCAUUCCUCUGAGCCCACUGACCUACUCAUAGAUGGACAUUCAGACUUGCCGGAGCUGAUGUUAUCUUCCCCUGAUGUGUCUGAAGUUUCUGCUUGUUCUCUGGAGGCAGAGGAACGUUUCCUGAAAUCAGGGAACUUGGAGAGGAAGCGUCAGAGGAAGCCAACUAAGAAGCUCUUGGAAUCCAAUGAUUUGGAUGCUGUGUUUAUGCCAAAGAAGGAGGGGUGGAUUCCUCCAAAGAAGUGUUUUGAUGCUGGCCCUCUGGAGAGUGACCUUUCUGAAUUUUAUGCCACACCCCAGUUUUUGGAUCUCGGAGAAGCUCCUGACAGACUCCCUGAGAAGCCGAGAAAGCGCAAGAGACAGCGAUACUCCCCAGCCACAGCACAUUACAAGAAAGGGAGGAGUGACGAUGCACUGGGGGAAGCUCCCGGUUCUGAGGGGGAGAUACCUAUCCAUGGGAGUGCUGCAAGCCCCAAGGAGCUCAAUGAGGAUGGGUCUGAGAAUGACCAUGGAGUGCCUUCAUCCAAAAGGAUGCAGGGGGAGCGAGGAGGAGGAGCAGCCCUCAAGGAGAACGUUUGUCAGAUCUGUGAGAAGCCGGGGGAGUUGUUGCUGUGUGAAGCGCAGUGCUGUGGUGCUUUCCACCUGCGGUGCCUCGGGCUCUCAGAAAUGCCGAAGGGCAAGUUCAUCUGCAAUGAGUGUUCGACAGGCGUCCACACCUGCUUUGUGUGCAAGAGCAGCGGGGAGGACGUGAGGCGGUGCUUGCUCCCCUUGUGUGGGAAGUACUACCAUGAAGAGUGUGUGCAGAAGUACCCACCCACGGUCAUGCAGAACAAGGGCUUUCGAUGCUCACUGCACAUCUGUAUGACCUGUCAUGCCGCUAACCCAGCGAACCUUUCUGCGUCUAAAGGUCGCUUGAUGCGUUGUGUUCGGUGUCCAGUGGCAUACCACGCCAACGAUUUCUGUCUGGCUGCGGGGACAGUGAUCCUCGCCUCCAACAGCAUCAUCUGCCCCAAUCACUUCUCUGCACGGAGGGGCUGCCGAAACCAUGAGCACGUCAAUGUCAGCUGGUGCUUUGUCUGCUCAGAAGGGGGCAGCCUUUUGUGCUGCGAGUCAUGUCCAGCUGCUUUCCACCGCGAGUGUCUGAACAUCGAGAUGCCUGAGGGAAGCUGGUACUGUAACGACUGCAAAGCUGGCAAGAAACCACAUUACAAGGAGGUGGUCUGGGUAAAAGUUGGGCGCUACAGGUGGUGGCCAGCUGAGAUUUGCCAUCCUAGAACUAUUCCUGUAAAUAUCCAAAAGAUGAAACAUGACAUUGGCGAGUUUCCUGUGCUGUUUUUUGGGUCCAACGAUUAUCUCUGGACGCACCAGGCUCGGGUGUUUCCCUACAUGGAAGGCGAUGUGAGCAGCAAGGACAAGAUGGGCAAGGGAGUGGAUGGCAUUUAUAAGAAAGCUUUGCAGGAAGCGGCUGUGAGGUUUGAAGAGCUGAAGGCACAGAAAGAACUGAGGCAGCUGCAGGAAGACAGAAAGAAUGAUAAGAAGCCUCCUCCCUACAAACAUAUCAAGGUAAACAGACCAGUGGGCAAGGUGCAAAUCUUCACAGCAGACCUGUCUGAGAUACCACGGUGCAACUGCAAACACAGCGAUGAAAACCCCUGUGGCCUGGACUCGGAAUGCAUCAAUCGCAUGCUGCUGUAUGAGUGCCAUCCCCUGGUCUGUCCGGCUGGGGAGCGCUGUCAGAACCAGUGCUUCUCCAAGAGGCAGUACCCAGAGGUAGAAAUCUUCCGCACGCUGGCACGAGGCUGGGGCUUGCAAGCCAAAAGGGACAUUAAAAAGGGUGAGUUUGUUAACGAAUACGUGGGAGAGCUGAUUGAUGAGGAGGAGUGUCGGGCACGAAUCCGCUACGCACAGGAGCAUGAUAUUACCAACUUCUAUAUGCUGACUUUGGACAAGGAUCGAAUCAUCGAUGCCGGACCGAAGGGCAAUUACGCUCGAUUUAUGAACCAUUGCUGCCAGCCCAACUGUGAGACUCAGAAAUGGUCCGUGAAUGGCGAUACACGGGUUGGGCUCUUUGCUCUUGUCAAUAUCAAAGCUGGGACUGAGCUGACUUUCAACUACAACCUGGAAUGUUUGGGGAAUGGAAAGACAGUUUGCAAAUGUGGUGCUCCGAAUUGCAGCGGGUUCCUAGGAGUACGGCCAAAGAAUCCCCCUAACCUUACAGAGGAGAAGUCCAAGAAGUUCAAAAGACGGCAGCAGGUGAAGCGCAGGUCACAGGCAGAGGUCAUGAAAGAGCGAGAGGAUGAGUGCUUCAGCUGUGGAGACGGAGGGCAGGUAGUUUCGUGUAAGAAGACAGGCUGCCCCAAAGUGUACCACGCAGACUGCCUCAACUUGACCAAACGGCCAGCAGGGAAGUGGGAGUGCCCUUGGCAUCAGUGUGAUGUGUGUGGCAAAGAAGCAGCUUCCUUCUGUGAGAUGUGUCCCAGCUCCUUCUGCAAGCAGCACCGGGAGGGCAUGCUCUUUAUCUCCAAACUGGAUGGACGCUUAUCGUGCACAGAGCAUGAUCCCUGCGGACCGAACCCUCUAGAGCCAGGGGAAAUUCGUGAGUAUGUGCCUCCCACAGUCCCACCGGCUAGCCGUCAAAACACGCAGCCCUCUGACCAUCAGCCUGCAGCCCUGGGCCUCAGGCGUCCUCCUUCUGACAGGCUUCCUCUGGCCGUGGCCCUGAGGCUGCAGCCGUCGGACAAGCCCUGCUCCGCCGUGGCCCUGAGGCUGCAGCCGUCGGACAAGCCCUGCUCCGCCGUGGCCCUGAGGCUGCAGCCGUCGGACAAGCCCUGCUCUGCCGUGGCCCUGAGGCUGCAGCCGUCGGACAAGCCCUGCUCUGCCGUGGCCCUGAGGCUGCAGCCGUCGGACAAGCCCUGCUCUGCCGUGGCCCUGAGGCUGCAGCCGUCGGACAAGCCCUGCUCUGCCGUGGCCCUGAGGCUGCAGCCGUCGGACAAGCCCUGCUCUGCCGUGGCCCUGAGGCUGCAGCCGACGGACAAGCCCUGCUCUGCCGUGGCCCUGAGGCUGCAGCCGACGGACAAGCCCUGCUCCGCCGUGGCCCUGAGGCUGCAGCCGUCGGACAAGCCCUGCUCCACUGUUGCUCUGAGGCUGCAGUCAGAUAAACAACCCACCAUUGUAUCCCUGAGGCUUCAGCAGUCAGAUAAGCCUCUUACCAUCACCACAGGCCAGCAGCCUCCGCCCUCAGAUGAGUCUCCUUCCGCUGCUGGAGCUCCACCGCCUCCUCCCACAGAUGAGUCUCCAACCAAGGGCCUGCAUCCUCUUCCCUCGGACGAGUCUCCCACCGCUACCCAGGUUCAGUGGCCUCAGCUGUUGGGCGAGUCUCCCGCCCUCGCUAGGGUCCCACAGCCUCAGCUGUUGGGCGAGUCUCCCAUCAAAGGCCUGCAACCCCUGCUGUCAGAUGAGGCUCCCGCUGCCGGGGCCCUGCGGUGUCAGGCGGUGGACAGGCCUCCCGCAGCUCCAAGGCUGCUGCUGUCUGAGAAAGCGCUGAGGCCCGGGGAUCAGCCAAAAGAGAGAGUAGUGUCAGCGGUGGAGCCGCAGCAGAAAGAGCGAACUUGUUUAGCUGAGGAGCAGACCUCUCGGGCUGCAGGGAAGGCAGUGACACCCGUGGGGCAGGCACCUCGGCCCAUGGAGAAAUUGCAGACCUAUGAGCCAAUCCACUGGCCCACUGUGGAAGCACUGACGCCCGCGGAGCAGUCCCCUCGCGCCACAGAGAAAUUACAGACACCUGCGCCGCCGGCUCAGGCUGACCGGGAAGUGGCAUCAGCACCCACAGAGCAGAGCCCUUGGACCGCAGAGAGGUUACGUACGUUUGAACAGAUCCCCCGGCCUGCCAGGGAAGCACCAGUGCCCCCAGAACAGGCUUCAUGGCUUGCCAGGAACAUUCAGACAUUUGAGCAAAUCUCUUGGCUCUCUGGAAAAGCACAGACACCCCUGGGGCAGGCCCCUUUGCCUGAGCAAAACAUAGUGCUAGUCCAUAACCAGGAUUCUCCCCGCCAGGAAUUGGCUGUAUCGAAACGGAAGUGAAGUCAGUGAAUGAGGCAGGCAGGUUGCAGUCGGUUUGUUUGGGGAGAGGGAUUUUCUUUGUUUUGUUUGUUGUUCACGUCCCUGAGCCCAGCCUCAAGCCCAGGCGCUCUCAUGACAUAAGCAAGGACGUUUACCUAAACCGGAGUGUGGCCCAGCCACGGAAAGUGAGCAUCAGCGACCUUUUCCUCUUCCUUUUAGAAACGGUAACGUUGAAAUAAAGAGUCCACUCCGGAUAAAAUCUCUAAUCCCAUUGAAAUGGUCACGUUCCUGAUCUAGUGCGUCUGCAUCCACAAGGGCUUUCCCAAACAGCUAAGUGGCCCUGAGGAAGCAAUUUCUUUUCUCUUAACUGUUCUGAGUGGAAGCAGAACAACUAGUCUGAACUGGGAUCUCAGACGUUUCCAACGAUUAAAUGGUGCACAGAGUAAUUGGACAUGUGUCUUUGCUAGACUCUGAAGAGGGGAAGGGAUUUAGCACUUGUGCUGCCCAAUUCUCCUUCCCCACAGGGUUUUCCUUUGCAAGUGUUUGCCUGAGUGUGCGCAUGGGUAUGUGUCACCAGUGCAAGGCUUACCAAAACCCAGGUGCUGUUGUAAAAUGGCGGAGUCCCGUGGAGUUAGUGGAGAGCCUGCUCCUGCCAGACUGUACAGUUCAUUCCAGCGUGGGCAAGAGAACUGCUCCUGCGCAGGCCCUGUGAUUGGGGGUGGGGGGAGAAGGUCUCUGAAGAUCCCAUCUGCCAGGAUUCUCACUCUUGGAACUUAGCUCUGUAACGUGGGACAGGCGGAGUUGCCACUGCACAUACAAAGCUGUGAGCUCUGGAGGCAGCGGUAGCAGGGUGGAGCGUGAGUAAGGAUGCCGAGCACUGCCUUUGUCAGGGUAGAGGCGCUGCCCUCGGAACGCUCCAGGCAGUUCCUUCUUCACCUUGCUUGUUACCAUGAACUAGCAAACUAAAUAGUCUCUUCCUCCCCCAUCUCAACCACAUGCUUAGGAGUCCUGUUCGCAGAGUGGCUGGUAGCCCUAGCAGAGUGAAUUCUGUGGAAUUCACUCCAUAGCGCAGAGUCAAGAAGCUACUUCAGAAGGCAUGGUGUAUCCAGAACGGAAAACCAUGUCAACCCCUUUCCCCUUGGUUAGCCUCUGUAUUUCCAACCAAAAAUCCCCACAGGAGACUUGAAUUACCUGGACUAUGUUGAAGUGUUUGUGUGUCAGAAAACCAGCCCCUCAAGGUAAUAGUUCUCACACUGGAACACAAUGGCUCUAGCGCCUGGCUGGCCUCUCUCUCUCCUCUCUUUUCCACUAAAGGUAGCUAUGCCUGGUGACUUGCCAGGCUGAUAUUCCGAAUAGACCUGAUGGAGGUAGUGACAUUACCUGCCUGCUAAGGCAGAAAUACACUCUGCUAUGGCACUGAUAAGGUGUGUGGUAGAAUUACAGGCAGGGACUUAGGAAGUGACGCUUGUGACCUGCGAAGCAGUGGCCAGGCAGUCUGCAUUCGUGCUGCCCACGGUUAGUGCAGUGUGCUGUGCCAUCGGGAAGUACUGUCUGAUCAGCAUGGCCUCCCAACACAUUACCUACGUUACACGCCUGAGCUCCACUGACCUGGGCAGCAGGAGUCCAGCUUCAGCCUGUCCCCCCCCAUUGUUUCAGAAAGAGCAGUAGGUCUCUUCCCAGAGGGGGGAGCCCUAGUUCGAUACUAGCCCCUUUCCUCUGACUCGGGAACAGGUCAAGGCUGGCGUUCAGCUCGCAUGUUCGCACUGCUCCAAGAGAGGGCGAUAAUUAGCUUUGCGGGUUUCUGUGAUAGGGAGAGAGAUCUCUGUAUCAAGGCAAAUCCUGCUCCAGUCUCCUUUCCGAAGUCAGCUCCCCAAGAGAGUCCCCCUCUGGGCAGUGCUGUCAUGUGUCUCCUCUCCAGUCUGAAUCGCUUCAGACCCCUCUGUGUAGCUCGUGACUUGGAAAAGCUUUAUGGCUUAUGGAAUCUUAGUGUUUAGUGUUGUUUUUCCAUGAAGACCUGCAGGUCAGUCCCUGAUCUCUGCUGAGCUGGGGGAGAUGCAAGUAGCUAUUGUUUUGCGUGACUCCUGCACAGAGGGAAUCAGGAUGUCUCCUCAGAGCCAUUGAGAGAGGAUAAACUAAGGGCAUUUUAUUAAGUUUUUAAAAUAAAAACAAAAUUACAAAAAAAAAAAAAAAAAAAAGGUAAUGAGGUUCCGUAUGUUAAGUAUUUAUCAUGUGUGAGAAGGAAAAUAAAUCUCUAAUUUACAUUGCUAGCCCUUUCCAUGAGCUGGACUUUGCCAUGUAGAUUGUGUGAGUAGGGUGUCCUCUGCGCCAGCCGCGCAGCCAGCGGAGCUAGAACAAGAAAAGACAUCUGCACUGCUUUGUCCAACUCUGUUUUUGCAAUGUCAUGUGUUACCUAGUUAUUUGUUUCAUGAAAAAUAAACUGUGAAUAUUUUUGGUGCAGGCUAUUUUAAAUCUUUACAAUGGAGAAGUUCUCAGUGAGCGCAGGUUUGAAGAAUCAUUCUUAUAAAUCAUGUGUUUAAAUCUAGGGCGAGGUUCACAGCAGCAGAAUCCCUCCAGCACUCUCGGCAGUUAUUUAGGAGCUCCCGUUUGAAUAGUGAAAGUAGAUUGCAUGAUAUUUUAAGCCCCCAGCCUUAUGCCACUCACUUGACUACACCACUGUUUCUCUUCCCUUCUCCCUCCAGACCUUUUCCGUACAGAUCCAGUUUUCCAGUCCACCCAUCUUCCAACCGACACGUUUCACAGAGCUGACUUUAGAAUAGCUGUGCACCUGCUUGGUUAAAUACAAAUCUGCACUGGGAAAUAUCACUUAAAGGCAGUGUUUGUGUCAGUUUAGAAGUUAAUACAAAUGCCUCUCUAGGUGUAAGAGUGUUUAGGAGAAGUGAGGAAACCAGGAAGCAGUUGUUCUGUAUCAGGUGGAAGGGGCUGUGCAGUUAGUGGGGUUUUCCUCUCUGCACAGGGCUGAACAGCCACUCCCCGGGAGUGGGAUGUGCCCCAGCCCCUUGGUAGCAAGCUAUAGAGCACUGAAGAACCGUGGCUGGUUGGCCACUUCUGUGUUAUCCCAAGCUAGAGGAGGGAGCUUUUGAUACUGAUGGGAACAUCUCUGUAAGUUAAUAUGAUGGAGAAGAAAUUAACAGCUUUAUGUCCAAACCCUGUUGGCAACUUCGGCAAACAGGCCAAGGCCUGAAGGGAUCUCUGAGACAGAAUGCUCUCUUGCCUCUAGGUGUGAUCCCUGAGACAUGCUCUGCUGGAACCAAGGCUGCCUUUAUCUGGGGAGAACUAAAGUGACUGCAGCCUCAGGGUCAGACUGGCACACUUUGCCAGGUAAAUCCACAUGAAAGGAAACAAAAUUGAAUUCCACCGUUUGAGAUUGUGGCAACCAGCUGCAUCUGCUGACUUGGAUGCCGGAGGAGACAUUUGUACUGGGGCUGUUUAAAUGCCAUUUAUUUCCUUUGCUACCUUUUAGAAUUUGCAUCAAUAAUUCAAGUCACUGGAUUCUUUAUAUAGAAAAUAACGUUGCAAACAUGUUAGUGCUCAUGUAGGAUAGUAGCUAGAGAGAGAAACGGUCAGUGUUAAAGUAAAUUAAAUGAAGUGUGCAGGCCAUUCAUUCUGGCCUUUGCCAUAGACACUGAUUUAAUGAGAUCAGAUGAUUUAAUGGAGAGAGAGAGAGAGAGACACUCAGGGUGCGCCUACACUAGAGACAUCAGUACCAGAUAGAGGGGCUGCCCCACAGGUAAGGUGGAGUUAAGAUUUGGACUUAAAGCAGGAAUCCACCCUCAUUGUUGAGGACAAACACAUUCUACCUACAUAGCAAAGAGGUGGCGGACGUUUUUCCCCCCAAAAUCAUCUCAGCUGAGGUGUUGCUGCAAGAGGUGGCUCCUGAGUAGAUCUAGUGCAAGAGGCGGUUUUUGAAAACAAAAGUUUUGGGUUAAGAGCCAUGUUUUCUGUCUGCUCAUAACUGAAAGUUUCUCCUUUGAAAGACGCUGAAGAAGGUUCAUAGACACGCUCCAAUAAAAGCCCUCUUGCACAAUGGCUGCAGGCUCCCAUUGUUCUCCAAGGGACUGAGGCCAUUAGCUGCCUUUAGCAGAGAUGGUCAUCACCUCUGCUCCUCCCAGCGCUGCUGCCUGUCCCCUGACUGCAUAGAGCCAUUGUCUCCCCUGAGGACUUUGCUCCACCUGUGGCCUCAGUGCCAUUCAGAGCAAUGGGAGCGGUGAGAAGGAGGUCAGUGGGCGAGCAUGCCUGUUUGGAAGGGCAGCCUUUGGUGAGCUUCUCUAUAGGAUAAGAUGCUAUGCACCAGCCUCUGCUGCUGGAGAAAACACUCAGUACGUCUUCGUGGUCUGGCCCUGGGGGUGCACAUGUUCCAAGCACUCAGGACCAGAAAUUCUUCAAUAGCCGUGUCCGUUGGUCCGUGUCUGUGCUCUGCUAUGAACUGAGGGCAUACAAGUGACAGUGUGGAUCAGCUGUCUUUCCAGUUCCUUGCUACCGCUUGCGUUCUGGGACGGGCCCUCUUGUUCCCGUGUUCGUUAGUCUCUUAGCCUCAGUUCAGUGUUGCCUGUAAACAUUAAACCUGGUUUUAAUGGUUUAUCGGUUAUGUGGCUCUUUUCAUUAGUUAGCUAGGGCUUUUCAAGUAGCUGUUAGUGGGGGUCAGGAGGUUCCCUCCACUUUAUUCCCCCUACGUCCAAGGCAUUUAUGCCCAAGGCCCCAGGUUUCAAGCACUGUGUUGCAUGCCAAGUCUUCCUGUUAACCAGUGCUCACAAGACCUGUCUCUACUUCCUCCAGGAAUCUCACAUCCCAUCGAAGUGUGAGAUCUGCUUCUCCUUCCUCUCCCCCUUGUGCUGGGCAGUCCCGGAGCUCCGACUCCGCAGGCACCUGAUGGAGCUCUCCAGCAGACCUGAGGACGCAUGAAGAGGGUAGGGAAAGACAUACUCCUCAGAAGACUGACAAGUCCUCUCAUAAGUCGUCAAAGAAGAGGAUGGCUUCCCACCCCCUGGGGUGAGUGAGAAUCCAUGCCCCAGACUAGAUGCACCCAGAGUUCACAGGGAGCAAGAGCUGGCACCAGCAGUACCAGGAGAUUCCAGCGCUCUGAAACCCACUUCAAAGCACUCUCUAUAAAUGAGGCCACCUUGGGGCCUCUGAAAACCUUUGGCACAAUCCUGCCACCUUCCAGGUUGUCCCAGAUAAAGGAAAGCUUGUAACGGGGUCAUCUCUGCAGGCAUCCCUGAAUGCAGUGAACAUGGCUUCCUGUUCUGUGGCUACCUCAGUCAUGAGAUGGGCAUCAUGGCUGCAGGCGUCGGGUCUCCCCGAGGAGGUCCAAGCCACUCUAGAAGAUCUAUCAUUUGGGGGCAACAACUUAUUGAGUGAAAGAACUGAUGAGUCACUCAAGGACUCCUGGGCCACCCUCCGUUCCUCAGGAAUAUACACCCUGGCUCCUCUCCCAAAAUAUUGUAAACUGCCCCAAGCGAGAGACUGCCCAGCCCCACAGCAUCGGCAUCUUUUACAAAAGUCCUGACAGAAGUGCAGCACGCCAGUACAUCUCUGUCUAGGUGGCUGGCUUCUCAAGGGAUGAUCGUAUCAGGCGGUGCAUAAAGUAUUCGCUGCCCUGCUUGAAACUGUGCCACUCCUUGGGACUUCAGGUAAACCCAGGAAAGUCCAUUUAACACCCACGACUGCAGAAUUUAUUGGAGCAGUUCUUGACCUGCUUGCACCCAGAGUUUAUUUACCAUAGGACAGAUUCCUAACAAUGAGAGACCUCCGUAUCCAACUUUUCUCAGUCAUCAGACGGCAGUCUGGUCCUCCUAGGCCAUGUGGCGGCACGCACCUACACCCAUCUCCAGGCUUGGCUGAGGAAAGUCAACGCAAGGACUCCUCAGACAAGAGAGUUGCCCUUCCUUCCAGCAUUUGGGCAUCUCUCACCUGUUAUGGAAAGGGAGUUGGUAUUUACGGGGAUUCCCUUUGCUCCCACCCCACUCCCAAAGACACUUGUGACAGAUGCAGCCUGGCUGGGGGCCCACCUGCUUGACUACACAGAUCAGAGUUCCUGGACUUUGCAAGAGUUCACAUGCCACAUCAACCUGUUCAAGCUUUGGGCUGUCCACAAAGCAUGCACACAAGUCCUCCCCUGUAUCUGAGCCACCCUGUCCAGGUCCGAUCAGACGACAUGACCACUCUUUGCUUUAUUAACAAGGUCUGCAUCAUCCUGCCGGGAGGCUGUCCAGCUUGGAGCUGGUGCCUCCAGCAUCAGCUCAUCCUCUGCAGUGCACCUACGGGGGAGAAUGAAAACUCCCUAGCAGACAGCCUCAGCAGGCAUUCUCACACAGACCAUGAAGGGGAGCUCCGCUUGUCCAUCAUCCAACAAAUCUUUUGUCAGUUGGGAUCCCAUUUUGUAACUUCUUUGUAACCCAGGACAACAGGAAGUACCUGAUUUAUUACUUUUGCCAUACAUUUGCCUGCAGCCAUUUCUGGACCUGCUAUCGCAGAAUGGGGACAGGACCACCCAUCCCAACCCAUAUUUCUUCAUCUGACAUUCUGUUUUUUGGAUGGGCAACAGACUUAGAGAGAUCCUACUCAAAGAUCCAUGCUUCUCAGUAGCAGGAAACCCUCUAUAAGGAAGUGUUACGGUGCUGAGUGGAAGCAGCUCUCCAAGAGGUGUCAGAGGCACAAUUUGCUUCCAGAGGAGUCUGGCGUUCCUCUUAUCCUGGACUGUCUCCUCUCCUGGAAGUCAGCAGGCCUAGCCAUCAUUUCAUUAAGGGUUUAUUUAGAGCUGUCGAUGCCUUUCAUCCUCAGUAGAGGACUGGUCAGUUCUCACCCAUCCCACAAGAAUCAGGUUCUUAAAAGGCAUUGUCAGAAUGUUCCCACAGUAUCAAGACCAUCUCUGUCCUGGGACCUGAACUUGGUCCAUUCCCAACUCAUGAAACCACUGUUUGAACCCUGAGCCUCCACCUCAGUCCUACUCUUUGAAGGUAACCGUCCUUAAAGCUGUUACCUUGGCCAGGAGAGUUUGGGCUCAGUGGCAGACCUGCCUGAUCCUGUCGUUCACAGAGACAGUGUCCUUGAAAUUGUAUCCCAAUUUCCAACUGACUUCCACUGUAACCAGCCGUUCACCUGCUAUGUAUUACCUAGAUUUUCACAGGAAUAGUGAGGGCAGGAGCUGCUCUCUGGAUGCUGCAUAGCUCGGUUGUUUUGUCGGGAUAGGACAAGGCCCUGCAGGAGAUCUCCACGGUUGUGUGUCCAUAGCUGUGCUGAUGAAAGGAGAAGCAAUAUCUUCUCCAAGACACUCAGAAUGGAUUUCCAGCUGCAUCUUUCUCUGCUCUGAGAGGGCGGGAGCCCCUCCUCUCCAGGCUGUCAGGGCUCAUUCGCCCAGAGCGCAAGGUGCCACAGUGGCAUCCUGCCAAGGGAUCCCUCUGAAGUUUGUAGACUGGUGACUUGGUGCUCCUGUCACGUGUUCACAGGGCACUAGUCACUGAAUCAGGCCUCGGCUGAGGACACUUCCUUCGGCUCAGCCAUUCUGUGAGCUGUGUACAGAACUCUUCUUGCCCUGGCCACCUGCCUGGGACUCACCCACAGUGAGUAGCCAUUGGGACCAAAAGGGAAGGGUCUUCCUUCUGUGUGGUCUCUGCAGACCAGCCUCUCCUUCCGGCUUUGGAUUCUCAUGGGAUUCAUGGUAGAGUAGGAACUGGAGAAGCAGUCGGUCCAUGCCACCCCUUAUCCCCUUGGUUCACAGCACAAGGAGACGCAGGGCACGUGAGUGGCCCAACAGACACCACUAUUGAAGAAUUUCCAGUCCUGGACACACACAGCACAUGUGCAUCCAUGGUGAAUACCCGCUGGGCCAUCUCGAAGCUCUCCCGUUAUGAUAAGUAACCUUCCUUUAUGAAGAAUAACUGCAAAAUAAUGGUGCUUAAUACUAAUGAGAUCUUUUCAAAACCUGACUGUUGCACCAAAUCUAUCCAGCCAGGAGAAAUGGGGGCAUGUGUACACAGCGGGGAGUAUGGAGGGAAGGGGUAGGGGGCAUUGCACUACUCUGAUAAUGAAAAACAACUGAAAAUGCAGCUUAAUUAUCCACCUCGGCACUGCUCCCAAGUGCAUAAAGCAGCCAGCGCACUGGUGAAUCUGGACAUAAAAAUUACAGUUUUAAAAGGUAGUUAAGGCUAAUGCUACGUAUCUUCAGAUCAUUAAAAAUAUCCCUUGGUAGCUGUUGCUUUGUGAGUUUUGUUUACUGAUCACAUAUGAAAACUUUAGUAAUUAAAAAGAAAACAAAUCCCCAGAGAAAAAUGUAUGAUGGAGUUAAGGUAGAGAAUACAUAUUAGUAAACUAGGGUAAAAAAAUACAGGAAUGUUGUGAUUAAUUUUAGACAAGCAUUAUUAGACCCAGGGAAUUUGGAAUGAAUGUUGAACAUAAAAGAAAUACAGCAUGUUACGAUGAGACUAUGCACAGUUAACUUGUGUAAACAACCUUAACUCAUCCCUGUAAAGGCAGAAAUGAAAAAUGAGGAAAAGACUCUGUCUGGAAAAGUCAGUUCAGUUUAAUAUGAGAUCACAGGCCUUGAUGAGCAUCAGUGGUAACUGAAUGGUUCUUGGCUGACAUCCCUACGGGGCGGAUGGGAGUCUGAACUGUGCAUUUCAACACCUUAACGUGUUUGGAUUUCUGUUAAAUUCAGACUUCACUCUCAAUUGACAUCUCUCGACUGUACGUUACCCUACAUUACCGUGUGCACACUGAGCCUUACCCCGUCGGAACCUGGCUGAGAGCCGGGAAUGUUACAGCAGAACUUGCCGUGAUACUAGUGCAGACAUCAGUUCUGAACAGCUGCUCAGCAUAUGCUGUCAAAGUUGCCUGAGGCUUGUCUACAGUAGCACAUCUCCUUGCUAGUACUGCACCAUUAGAAGCAGCUGUUGGGAUCCAGUUACUAACUUGUCUAAUGUAACAGGCCUCCCUGCGCCCUUGGAGAAGGGACAGAUCUCGGGGAGAUUAUCGACAGUUGUUCCUUCACUUGCCUGUUGGCUUCAGCGGGAGCUUUGCAUGUAGCGAGCUAGCUGGGCUCCUGGCGACUGGGUAAUAAAGUGAAAGCAGAUUCCUUCCUUUAGCAACGUCCUGAUGUGAUGUUCUCAGUGAAGCCAGCCAGACCCCUCUGCCAUCUUGGCAGCAGGGGGAUAUGCUGCACCAGGGGCUAGAGGAGUGGCUGUGGGGGGCAGGCCCGGGAGUACUCGAUCUACCUCUUGGGGAAAUCUCGACCAAUGAAUAGUGCUAUGUUCUGUUGCUAGGGAACGUCGGAAUCGUACAUUUGCCCUUGGCUAAGGCCUUGGGCUCUCGUGGUGCUAUUGUACGGAGUUUGGGUGCUCAGCCCAGCCGGGCUGAAUUCACAUCCCCCAGCCCUACGGCUGCAGUUCCUUUGCAAGCUGAAUCCUUUCCUUCUCUGGGAGCUGGGCUGGGCCUUUGUUAGUCGCUGAAACAGACAGGACAGGACUCACAGGAACACCCAGAUUUGAGAUGCCUUCAAACCAGACCAAGGUGCCAGCGAGUCGGUGUUUUAAAAAAAUAAAAAAAGACCUGUGCAUGGGCUGGGACUUGCAUGUUCUUCUGUGUUACUGUAGGGCACUGAGCUGGCUUCAGUUUUAUGGUGUUUCAGAACCGUUGACCGAGAGAGUCUGGAUUUUGGACCUUUAGGCUGGGAACCUGUAAAGCAAACUGACCAGUCAGCAUGCUCGGUUGGCGUCUGCAGGGAGGAUAAAGGGUUGGAAUGAAGUCAGUUAAGCUGCUUGCAGACCCAUAUGAUACAGGAGUUUGAGAACCACUCAGUCAGACACAGGAGAACGGAAUGAGAGUGUUAGCGAGAUCACUGCCUUGAGAUGGGCAGGGGCUAAUGGUGCUGGAAGUGCUGUUAGUGUGUUAGCAAGUGAGAGCUGCUCGCGGAGCUCUGGGCAGAGCAGCUUGGCAGCCGAGGCCUGGCCUUGCGUACACUUGGCACUCUGCCCCCUGCCCCCAAAUCUGCCACUGUUAGGAGAGUGGGAGCCUGCUGUAAAGUGCACACAGCUUUGACAAGAUCCUAACCCUGCCCCCUUGGCUAGCCCCCACGCCAUGGCAGAACUGGCAGAAGUUGUGCUUUCCCGUGGCACUGGUUCUCCCAAACACUGCACUAGGCUUGUAUCAGUCCAGUAGUUCCUUCCCCCCUGCCUGCAGUGCGACCCCCAGGACUGAACAGGUGUCAGAGCCUGCAGGGCAAUGCUCUUCUGACCCCUCCCCACAUUCAGCAACUGGAGCAAGAUGUGCCCCUGCAGGGCCCUUGUCUGCUGUGACCCAGGGAGGGGUUCCCCUCCUUGCCCGGAGGAAUAAAUGAUGAAACACGAGGGAUUGAUCAGGUUUGUAUGCACAGGGGAGUAAUGUUUGUAAAAAGCGAAGCGCCCCUCCCCUGUGUGGGGCACUGCCAGCGCUGUGUGCUUAAACGACACUCCUCUUCCUUAGCUGCAGCUCCGGCUGGGAGCGCGAUAUUCCGCCCGUGGGCCAGGAACUAAGAGGUUAGGACUAACACCACAAGGUCACGCAGCAGGGAGGGGGGGCGGCAGAGGCAAAUUGCUCCAGUGUGAUUAGUGCUAACGAGCUGAAUGAAGAAUAUACGUGAUAACAUUCCUACCCCAAACGUCAUGUCAGACCUCACACACGCACACUGGUUGCCUUGGGACUGGUGAGAUGGACAUUGUGCAGGGCCCAUGCUGUAGCAAAACUUCCACUGAAGUAACUGGGAAUAGUGCCUGAGUAACAACUGCAGGAAGGGGUUGCCAAGUAUCACUGUGGUCUGCCGUGACUGUGCGUGCGCAGGGAGCAGCGGAUGGUGGAUGAGCACAGCACAUGGGAGUUUGUGAAAGAUUGUCUAAUGUAAUGGUGUUACACAGAACUCGCCUGGUCUCACCUGCCCCACGUCCUGUACAAAGAACAUGCGAUGGAGCGAGAGAGGCGUCUAUAUUUACAGUAUAUAUCUAUUAUUUUUAGAAGAGGGAGAAGGGGAGUGUCUCGGACCAUUGAUUAAUUUCACUUUGCUCCCCUUAGACUGUUGGCUGUGUAUGUGAAACUUAUGAUAAUGAAAAGAGGGUUGGCCUUCUCCAGGUGCUCCCAGAACAUGUACUGUAAUUCUUUGUAUAUAGAAGAAAACAAUUACUGUAAAGUAAAGUUUAACUUUACUCUUGA